AUGUCAAAUUCCUAUAACAUUUUGAUAUUUUUCAAUAUUUUGAUUAUCGUUGUUUGCUCAAUCAUAUAUGAUGAUCCAAUACAAAGGAGUAAAAGACAAUUGUUGUUUCCGAACUCGACGUUGCUUCAGUUCAACUUCGGCAUAGGGACGCCCACUACAGCGGACAACAUAUUCAUGAACUGGGCAUUCCAGGCGAACUUCCAGCUGCCUUGGAACCGAUCACAAAUACCUCUAGACAUUCUGGAGACCGACGCAGCGUAUACCGGUCUCUCUAGGAAGAAUCGAGAUGAAAGAGACACAUACAAAAACGACGCAAGACUCUACCACUUUUAUAAAUACGUCGAAGGAGCACUGAACGGGUUCGGUCACAACGGUACUUGUUGUGUUCUGCGCACUCUGUGUCAGCUCGGAUCCGAGCCUCUGCAUGCAGACGACGAUGAAGAUCUCCUGCAUGAACUGGCUGAAUUUGCUUUAAACCCCAGAAAUGACGACCACUUCACUGAGUACGAGGAAGAAAUACGACCGUACAUAGAAGCAUACGCAAGCGGUGAAAACCUCCAAAACUGCUCAAGUCUCUAUCAACAGUGUUCUAUGUCACUAAUAGAUUUAUUUUCAAAGCCAUACCCUUAUUAG